AUGACUUUGAUCACUAGGCCAUUUAUUGCACCCACAGGUCCAUUAUCCCUUACAAACAUUAUGGAAGAAAAACAAAGUGGUCUCAGUAGUAUCUUCAACAUUAAAUACAGCUUCUGUAGUCACGUAAAUGAAGUAAAAUCCUCUGCUGAACACAGAGCUGGAAGCCAUGGUCCUCUCGUUAACGAUAUCAACACAAGUGCAGUAUUAGGUUCCUUCCAUGCUGGCAUGGAGAAUACCCACCUAAAUAAUUUACUCUCUAGAAUGUACCAACAAAGAAUCUUAACCUGUUUAAAAGAAGAGAAAGAGAAGUUGGAAAUGCUCUAG